AAAUGGAGGAAACUUCUACAACCCUUGUUGAUUCCCCAACGAAUCGUGAUGAAUCAGAAAGUGCACAGAGAAUUCGAGAGCUCGAAGAAAUAGAACAAAUAAUUUAUUUCACCAAAAAGUUGAUUGUAAGGCUGCUAAGCAUCUCAGGCAAAGCAAUAAUGGGUUUAAGUCUCGAUGGUCAUGUUAAACAAGAAGAAUCUGAAUUCACAACAGUAACAGCGGCAACAGAAGCAUCUAAAGAAAUAGGAGUAAGAGUUGGUAGUGGUGAUAAUGUUGAUUUGAAAUCCACAAAAAUAGAAGUAAAACAACAGAUUAAUACAUUUAACAAAUAUUCUGAGGAGUAUCGUAAUUUGAUUGAGAAAAUUCAAAUCAAAUUACGGGAACAAUUUCGAGGUAUCAGAAUGAUGGGUAUAACAUCUGGUAAUGUUCCAUUUCGGGUGAUAACCUACGGCGAAGCAAAAGAGUACGAGAAUUGGGUGGGCGCUGUCAAAAUUCUACGCAAAGAAAUCGAAAAUACUUUAGAAUUGUGUACAAAAAAAGGUGAUAAUAGUGGUAGUGUAAUAGACACCAAAGCAGGAAUUGUUGCCUGGUAG